GCAUCCCUAUUGCGUUUUUUCGAUUGCCGUACACGUGCUGAGAUUUAUAUUUUCUCAUUUGCUAAUUCUAUAAAAUUAAAACACAUAGCUUUUGUUUUAAGGAUUGUUUUCAAGAAGCACAUUAAAAUAUUAUCCCAGGAACACGAUAUUUGAGAAUUAGUUAGAAGUACAAAUGGAAAUGGUGUCUGAGACGAAAGUGAAUGGGAAUGAGGUGGAUACACCUGCGGAGGUGGUGGUUGAGAAGCCAGUCGGUCUACCACCCGGCAAAUACACUCUAGUGGGAUGGGACAUGGAUACCACCGGACGCAGACUUAUUGAUGAAAUAUGUCAAAUUGCUGCAUACACUCCUAAGGAGGUUUACUCACAGUAUAUUAUGCCUUAUCGUGAUUUAAACCCCGGUGCCCAAAGACGUCACAAUGUACGUGUGGUUACGAUUGGACGCUACCGCAUGCUCAAGGACAAUGUUACUCAUAAGAUUCUCAAAACAAAGUCUGAAAUAUCUGCACUGACUGACUUCCUUGACUGGUUGGAAAAAGAAAAGGGUGAUGGCAAAGUGAUUCUAAUUUAUCACGAGCCAAAAAGAUUGUGUCCCACCAUGCUACUCGAAGCCCUCACACGUUACAAGUUGUUGGAACGCUUUUCGUCAAUAGUAGCUGGGUUUGCUGACAGCUAUGCCCUUGCUGCCGAUAAGUGCAAGUCCACAGUGAAGUCUAUUUCCCUGCGAGUUUUGGCUCGCGUGUUAUUAGAUGCUGACACAUUGUCAGUUGAGAGCGCUUUAGAUCGUGCCACAGCUGCCUACCGCAUUGUUGAACAUCUUGCUCAAGGCGAACAACAGGAGGUAGGCGCUGGAGGUGAGGGUGCUCCGGCAAGUAUACACAUGGUGGAGACGGCCCGCGUGUGGGCUCAUCCUGUAGAGACCGAACUGGCGGCUCUUGAUGAAUUCAAAAAGUUACUAGAGAGACAGAACACUUUCCGGCCGGUGUUCCACCCGCUGCUGCGGCUGCGGCUGGCGCUGCCGGAGCGCAAGCGCGUGACGCACUUACGCCGCCUGCUCGCCGACGCCGGCCUGCUCUACGACCAGGUUCACGCCGCCUGGCAGGAGCAACAGGUCGAAGGUUUGGAGAAGCAGCUGAAGUCCAUGUCUGUUACUGCAACUGAUGAAGACAUAAAAGAACUGAUUGAAAUAUUUGACUGUCACUUUGAUCCUGCCAAAGAGCCCAAGGGACUCAAGCUUGCUAAGAGACCUUAUAGAAAAAACACCACCUCGACUGGGGAAACCGGUGAAGGGGAAGGGAGUUCCAGCAAUUCUCAGAAGUCCUCUUCCCAGAGUUCUCCAACUAAAGUUAAGAAUGAGGUAGCCGAGGCAGAUCCUAGUCAAGCAACAGAUACGGUAACCACCAAUUAAAUGUAUGGACACACUGUACAACUCACAUCACUGUCGUUAAUAUUAAAACGAAACCAUAAUGAUGUGAAAACAUUUAUUCAUAUUAUACAUUUAGCAUAAGUCUCCUUUGGAAUUGAAAAGCAUUUGUUUUACACGCAUUGGUGAUAAGUACAUGAUUUUUUUUACUUGGAGCAAUCUAUUUAUGUUUGCUUUGCAUAGUAUACUGAUAUAUAUGUAUAUAUACAUAGAUUGUGUAGGUGAGUGCCUUAGCAACUCGGUGUUUGAAGAUGUAACUUUUAUAUACACUUUUGUGUACAGAGUCGCGACAUUUUGUUUUGUGAAUUCAUACUUUUGGGUGUAAUAUGCUUUCGAUGAAGUGUAGGAAAACGAGCAGGGAGCCCAAAGAUUCUUUGUAUAUGAAUAUUUUUUAACACGCACUUAACAUUUAUACAAUUUUCCAGUGACUUAAUAUUAACGUAAAGAUAGAGUAUAUUUUUACCAUAUUUACAGUAGGUGUAUGUGUUAUGGCUUAAACCAUGGAUCGCAAAGUACAAUUUAUCGUACUGUAGCUUAUUUUAAUUUUAUUAUGUGCAAUCACAUGGAAAGGAUGGAUUGAAUUAUUUACAUCCGCCAAUAUUUUAAAACUUUUAGGUUUUUUCUUUUAACAUCUGCAUAAUAUAAUGUCUGUACAAGAGCAUUCGCGUUACUAAUAAGCUGGCAUAUUGAUUUCAUUUGCCAUAGAAUAUUCGCUAAGUUUCCUUACCGUUAUUUAAGCAGCAUAAUAAAAACAGUGUGUACCUAUUAACUUACCUCUAAUAUAGUUAGUUUUAACAUAGACUGUAUAUAUUAUUUAUAUUUCUUAUUUUGUUCAGAUCUCUAAUAUUAAUAAACACAUAAGUCUUAA